GUUGAUAAUACAUUACAUCCGUCAUUGGAUGGAUUAAAAAUGAGACAAGGAGUUAUCACCAUGUGGCAGCUGUACCCAGAGAUAAAAUCGUGACUGCUCUCAACUCCAGCAUCAGAGACCUGGGAUUUUCCCUCGCGUUGUGAUUACGACGAUUAUUCAAAUUUCAUUAUAAACAGGAAAAUAAAAUGGUUUUGGAAGCGAAAGAGAAGGAUAAGGAAAAGACUGUUCCGUAUCCAAAGGCAAUUUUUGUAAUCAUCGGCACUGAGUUCUGCGAGAGAUUCUCCUUUUAUGGAAUGCGGAUUAUUUUAGCGUUGUACAUAAAAAACAAAUUGAACUUCGACGACGACGCGUCGACAAUUAUUUUCCAUGCCUUCUCCAUGCUGGUCUUCACUUUUCCCAUCCUCGGAGCGAUUAUUGCGGAUUCAAUCCUCGGAAAAUUCAGGACAAUCUUCUAUUUUUGUAUUAUUUAUUCCCUCGGGCAGAUUCUCCUGUCAGUGAGUGCUAUUUCAGUGAUUGGACUGCCGAUGAGGGAAUUCUCGAUGAUGGGACUGCUGCUGAUAGCGAUCGGCACAGGUGGAAUAAAGCCGUGUGUCUCAGCAUUCGGUGGUGAACAAUUUCUCCUUCCCCAACAGCAGAGACACAUCACCACAUUUUUCUCAAUCUUCUGCCUCUCGAUCAGCGCUGGAUCAACGAUCUCAGCGUUCAUGACACCUCAACUGCGAACAGGAGUUCAAUGUUUUGGAGAUCAAGACUGCUAUCCUCUAGCUUUUCUGGUUCCAGCGGUUCUAAUGGUGACAGCAACAGUGAUAUUCUUCGCUGGGAAGCCCUUGUACAGGAUGGAGCAGCCAGAGGGAAACGUCGCCCUCAACGUCGUCAGGUGCAUAUCGUGUGCUAUUUGGAAUAAGGGAAUUAGUGGUGGGAUCAGGCGUGAUCACUGGUUGGACUACGCUGACGAUAAGUACGAUGCGAAAUUAAUUUUCGAUAUUAAAGAAGUUCUCAGUGUUUUGAAACUCUUCAUUCCUCUGCCAUUGUUCUUUGCGCUUGUCGAUCAGCAAGGAUCGAGAUGGACAUUUCAAGCGACAAGGAUGGAUGGGGCAAUAGGCAAUUACCUAGUCACUGCUGAUCAAAUUCAAAUCGUACCAGCUAUUUCUGUCAUCAUUCUCAUUCCGAUAAUUGACAGAUGCAUUUAUCCAUUAUUCGGAAAAAUUCGCUGUCUCGAUACGCAAUUGAAGAGAAUUAUUACUGGUGGUGUCAUGGCAGCUGUUGCAUUUGUUAUCUCUGGUCUUCUGGAGCUCAAGCUGGAGACGACGUAUCCUCUGGUGCCUAGGAGUGGAGCAGCUCAGGUGAGGAUAUUUAAUCCGAGAGACUGUCAGGUGUCUGUUGUCGUGGGUAAUGAGUCUCUGGUGAUGGCGCCUUUUGGGAUUUUCGAAAGGAAUUUUGACACUCGGGGAAAUCAGUCGAUAUUCUAUAAUAUUGAUUUAUCGGCGUGUGGCGGUGGAGGGGUGAAGAGGGGGGAGGGAUUUUUGAUGGCUGUGGAGGGGCAGGCGAGGUCCUACGUUUUGGCAACUACUCCUUUUUUUUAUGAGGAUUUUGUCAAUAAAACCACCAGUGGAAAUCCUGCAAUACGAGUUUUAAAUUACAAUGAAAUUAAAUCCAAGGUCACUAGGGUUGAAUUGUCAGGGGUUAAUUACGUUUUUGAAACUGGUGGAUCCAGGAUUGAUGUGACACCAGUGGGUGAGUUUAGUCCUGGAACUUAUCGAGUGAUAGUUAAUGGAAAAUUUGUGGAGUCGAUUGUUGUUAAAAUCGGUGGAGUGUACACUCUGCAGACUCACGUCACUGAUAAUUCCACGAAAAUUUCAUUGACGACGGUAACACCACCGAAUUCAGUCCACAUCGCUUGGCUUCUUCCUCAGUACAUCGUUAUCUCGAUAAGUGAAGUACUUUUCAGUGUGACUGGACUUGAAUUUGCGUUUACACAAGCACCAGGAACGAUGAAGUCCAUCCUCCAGGCUUCCUGGUUGCUCACCAUCGCCUUUGGUAAUCUCAUCGUGGUUGUUGUGGCUAAAGCUAGAUUGUUUGAGAGACAGGCCUCGGAGUUCUUCAUGUUUGCUGGGCUCAUGGCUGUUGACAUGCUCGUUUUGGCAAUCAUGGGAAAAUUCUACAGGUACAGGAAUUAUGAUGCUCAAUCCAUUGGGUCUGAUGAAUCCCUCCAGGUUAUACGAGGUCCUGAUGGCGAGAGCAUCAGACUCUGCGGCUUCGACGACGAGACAAAUCCGUAGUUUCUAGGUUUUUGUAUUUGAUUUUUUAAUUUUUUUUGUAAAAAAAUUGGAGAUAAAAAUUGAAUUUAAAAAAUCA